AUGGCUAUAGCAGCAGAGCUCUCGAGACAGCAGGGUGCAGCUCCGGGGCGAAGGAGUGUCCUGGAUAUUCCAUAUGGCGACACGGGUCCUAUGACGAAGGCUGAUCCAUACUCGUUGGUCCAGUGGCAGGCUGGGGUCCGUUACUGUGUUGGGCAGUCUGGCUUCUUUUUCUGGGAGGACGAUGGCCAGAGAGAGGAGAAUGGGCGGAUCGAGCCGGUUGGGCCGGGCCGACUCGUGUAUGACCACACCCCCCGUCAGUCUCUAGAAGACAUAGUCAAACUGGUGGAGGUGUCAAACGACGGUGGCCCCCUGGGGAUCCACGUGGUGCCUUUCAGUGGGAGGGACCGCAGGACUCUGGGCUUGUUGGUCAAGCGUUUGGAGCGUGGAGGCAAAGCGGAGCAGCAGGGCCUGUUCCAGGAGAACGACUGCAUCGUCCGCAUCAACAACGGAGACCUGCGCAACAUCCGCUUUGAACAAGCCCAGAACAUGUUCCGUCAGGCCAUGCGUUCUCCCGUCAUCAUGUUCCACGUGGUUCCGUCGUCCAUGAAGGCCCACUACGAGCAGCUGUCCCACGCCGACAGGAACCCGGCGUACGCCUCGGGUCGCUUCAGCCCGGACUCCCUGAGCGGCAGCACCGUGUCCAGCGCCGUGGACCGCACCCCCCACAGGAUGUCCAGGCACGGCUCCCAAACGCACCCCCACCCGGACCAGAACGACGGGUACCCGCCCCUGACUCACCCGGCGGUGUCGGCGGCCAAGCCUCCCACAGGCCACGCCCUCUCCCCUCAGAAGGGGCUGAACUCCGCCCCAACGGCAGGUUAUACCAAAAAGGUGGGGAGGAGGCUCAACAUUCAGCUGAAGAAAGGUCCUGAAGGUCUGGGCUUCAGUAUCACGUCCAGAGACGUCCCCAUCGGAGGUUCAGCGCCAAUCUACGUCAAGAACAUCCUGCCCCGAGGAGCCGCCAUCCAAGAUGGCCGACUGAAGGCAGGAGACCGCCUCCUGGAGGUGAACAGUGUGGACCUGAAUGGGCGGACUCAAGAAGAGGUGGUGUCUUUGCUGAGGGCCACGCCCAUGGGCGGAGCUGUGGGUCUUCUGGUUCUACGACAGGAGGAGGCGUUCCUUCCACCAGAGAUGAAUGCUGAACCACAGGUGCACCCCCCCACAGACCUGUACCUGCCUUUGUUCACCCCCCAGUACCUGCCUUUGUUCACCCCCCAGUACUGCAGCGGGGUAUCUUCUCCAUCGGCUGUGUUCUCCCGUCGCAUCAGCUUCACCCGUCUGUGCCAAAAGGCCCUGGUGAACAGCCUGCUGCAGGCUGUGUGCAGCACACGGCAGGCUCUGGACUUCAGCAUCAGCAUGUUUUUGGUGUUAUCCCUGAGCACAACUCAAAGGCUGGUCAUCCGGAGCAGUGAACUGGGAGGAGCCUGUUAUCUCCACUGGCUGUCUCUGGACACUUUCUCCGUCUUCUACAGCGUUUGCCGCAAAGUCGGUUGUGUCGACAUGUCUUUUCACGCGCACUUUCUUUUCUCCCGUCAGGACGGACGUCUGCGAGUAAAUGACCAGCUGAUCGCCGUGAACGGGGAGUCGCUGUUGGGUAAAACCAAUCAGGACGCCAUGGAGACGCUCCGCAAGUCCAUGUCCGUGGAAGGAAACAAGCGUGGGAUGAUCCAGCUGAUUAUAGCCCGACGAGUGUCCAAGAGGACGGAGGACCCCCCCGGCAGCCCCAUGGCCCCCCCACAGGCCAUGAACACCUCUCUGGACGACCAUGAGCGGCGGAUCUCCCACUCCCUUUACGGGGGUCUAGAGGGCCUGGACGACAACCUGAUGCCACGACAAGGGAUGAUGCCCCGGACUCUGGGUAACUACCAGCUGUCCCCCACCGUCAACAUGCCUCAGGACGACACUGUGAUCAUCGAAGACGACCGCCCCCCGCUGCUGCUGCCGCCUCACCUGUCAGACCAGUCGUCCUCCAGUUCCCAUGACGACGUGGGCUUCACCAAUGACGUGACUCCACCUUGGGCUAAGGAGCCACCCAGUCUGACUGACAGCUCGGUGGGUCCAGAUCAGACUCAGUCAGACGGCGCUUUCCAACGCGAAGGCUUCGGACGCCAGAGCAUGUCUGAGAAACGCACCAAACAGUUUGGAGACGCCUCGCAGCUGGACAUCAUCAAGACGCGCAAGUCCAAGAGCAUGGAUCUAGUAGCCGAUGAGGUUAACCUCACCCCUCGUCCUGACACCAGCAGAGGAUCCUCCGCUAAAGACGUGGGACCGUCUCUAGGUUUAAAGAAGUCCAGUUCCUUGGAGAGCCUCCAGACGGCCGUCGCCGAAGUGACCCUGAACGGGGACCUCCCCUUCCACAGGCCACGCCCCCGCAUCAUCAGAGGGCGGGGCUGCAACGAGAGCUUCCGGGCGGCCAUCGAUAAAUCGUACGACCGACCGUCCGCCACCGAGGAGGAGGACGAAGGCAUGGAGACACUGGAGGAGGACACUGAGGAGAGUUCGCGGUCGGGCAGAGACUCGGUGUCCACGGUGGCGGACAUGACCCCCCUGUCCGGGACAGACAAACCCCUGGUCAACGGCACUAAUCGCACCAAAGAGGACAAGAAGAAGGACAAGGACAAGGGAGGGAAAGAGAAGAAGAAGCAGGACGGAGCCAAAGACAAGGACAAGGACAAAGGGAAGGCCAAGAAGGGGAUGUUAAAGGGACUCGGAGACAUGUUCAG